GCCAAUCUUUAUCACGCAUGAGCUCGCCCCUCCGCCCGUGGCCAUGGCCGCUGAUCAGCUGUUUCAGCCGAACGGAGUGCCUUAUCAGAUCGAGGAAGGAGAGCGACAGUCUCCGCUGGAGGGUCCUCAACCCUUGAGAUGCUUGGGAUGUGCUUUGGGACCCUCGGCGACAGACCCGGCGUUUCGGCAUCAUGCCAGCUCCAACUGUGUGGAUCUUCAGCGAGAGUAUGACUACCCGGAGGGCUACCGAGAUUGGCUUCCUGGCCUCGCAGUCCUCAGUGUCAUGUGCCUGGCUGGAUACCUGAUCAUUACCUACACCAACAGGUCCGUCAGUUCCCUUUCCGACCUAGCUUGGGGGUUGCGCAUGUUGGGCGUUGGAUUCGGUAUCAUCUUCGGCUUGGUCCAUCUACUUCACUGUUGCUUCCACUCACCCAGCGCCCCUGCACCACUCUCCCGGACAGAGCUCUACCACUUGGUGGGCCGGACCACGUGCACCUUUUGGUCAGUCGUGCUGCUCCUGGGCUUUCUGUGCCUUGACAUGGCCAGAGCGCCUGAGGGCUUGGCUUUGAUCCACGGAGCUUUGUACCUCUUUCAGUCCUUGGCAUCCAUCCUAGUGCUGACGCCAUCUUGGCUUCUGGGGAAUUGCUUGACCAAGGAGCCCAUCAAAGCUGGACUGCUGGUGAGCAUGUUUUGGUGUGGCGCCUUGUUUUCUGCGGGCACCUCUGGUGAGUUCAACACCCGACUGCUCUACUUCUGGCGUGAUUGGGACCCUGCCUGCCAUGCGAAGUCGCCUCUGGGUCCCACCUGGCCAUAUGACGAUCCCUCCACCUCCUGCGUGGCAAAGGCGCUGGUGGAAUGGAUACUCACGCCUGGUAUCGUGGAAGAAUCCAUGAAGCUGCUGGUGCUUUUGCGCUUGGUUCCCUCGUUGGAAGAUGCGAUGCGCUCCCUUUGGCUGACGCGAUGCCCCCGCAUGUCGACGUUUCAAUGCUUGCCCUGCUGCGGGUGGUUUCUGAAGCUGGCAGCUUCUCCAGUCGUGGUGGUCCUUUGUGGUAUGUCAGUGGGGGCUGGCUUUUCGACCCGGGAAAACGUCUCCUACAUCGGCCGAAUCAAAGGGCAAGUGGAAUCAACACGCAACCUCCUGCCUGCUGUUGGCCGAUUGAUCGCCGCGGUGCUUCAUAUCUCCCUGACUGGCACCUGUGCGUUUUUCUUGGCGGUGUCCCUCUUCAAAGGCAAGGCAUAUCGAUGGGCGAAGUACUUGGGCUGGGCGCUGAUGGUUGUGGCUCAUGGAAGCUUUGAUGCAUUCCUGACCUUCAACCAAGCCGUGCCCUUGCAUGAGUGUUACUUUCGCGCCACGUGUGAUCAGACAACGCGAAAAUGCACCAUCGACAAGAAAGGGAUGUUGGCUGGCUGCCGCUGUAGCAGUGGGGUCGAUCCUGAGACCAGACGCUGCAAGGGUCGCAAGGCCAACGGGAACACGUCGGAGCUGACGCUGAGCACGGACUUCACGGACUUGGCUAAGGCUGAGGACUUUUGGGAGCUGGCGGCGGACCGACGGUGGGGCGCAGACUGUAAUCAGCUGCCCGAGAACUCCUAUAUUUGUGGUGCUGUCUAUGUGUCCUGGUUUCCCAUUUGGCCGGCUCCUAUUUUAGGCAGGGCUUGGCAGAGGUGCACGAGGGUGAAUGUAGAUGGGUAUCACUCGAAAGACGAGAUUUGCGUGUUGCGAGGACUCCCAAACCAUGAUGUUCAGUCAAUGUGCCUCAGUUCAACAAAGCAACACCGGUUGAGCAUAUAUAUAUAUAUAUAGAUUCAAGCAACCAAUAUUCAAUACGGCACAGGAAGCUGCCUUUGAUGGUUGUGGCCGGGAGAAGGUGCCCUUAACCUCAGUUUUGGCAGAGCUCAACUUUUCAUAGGGCAACUCCUGCAGAUGUUUGGUGUGGGCGUGUGGUACAUUUUUCCAGUUUGGGGGAUGCAUGGUCCAGUUUGCACAAGGAAAACAAAAAAACAGCAACAAGCUGUUUGAUGGAGUGCUGUUGCAAUAGUCUACACCUUAAGCCUUAUGCCGCCUUACGUCUUAUCUUGCUCGUGACUAGUUGACCAAGAUUCGAACCAUCCUCGCAGGUCUUCUCAUCAUUAUCACUUUCACGCUCUUGGGUUGCUGCUGAGUUUGCGCUUGGGCCGGGAAGGGGGGGUAGAAGCGAAGAAAUCCUGCCGCAUGUGAACCCAGAGUGCGCCAUGAUAUCCCUGGAAGAAACUGGGACCGGUGAGUGUGGGAGACUACCUUAGGUGCGGGUGGACUACCUUAGGUUUCAAGCAUAUCAAUCAUGGGACCUGCUUUCUCCAUCAAAAUGCCAGACUUGAAGGCAGGACCUCGAUGCGUAGUCGUAGGUGUUUGCAGCCGUUGCUGCAGUUUGAACAUGCUCAGGGUCCGUUUGUCAUAGUGUGUCCUAUUCGUCACCCUAGAUUGCAAUUGUUAACUGUGGGAAGGAUUGUACUGAUUCAAUCCUUGCCCACUCUGGGUGCAUGAUUCGACAUUUUCCACUGACCGAAAACGCCAUGCCCAGGUUGCGCGACUCCACGCUUGGAGCGUUCUUUCCAAUCCUCUGCUGGCAGCGAGGUGAUGGAAACAGAAUUGCCUGCCCGACCAAUUCAAUCCAUUCCAGCAGUGAAUGGCCAUGACGGCUGAAUCAAUCACUGGCCAUAGCCAAAGCUGCUAGAGCCGAAUCCCAUUCUACAUCCAUUUACCAUCUCCGGCCGCGAAAGCAGAUGCCGCCGCAUAAAGGCAUGGGUUUUGGGCGGUCGAGUUUGGGGCGUUCAUGAGCAGCAGAUCAGAAGUUUGGAGUUCGGUCCUUGCACAAAUUCUGAAAACAAUCCUUUACUGUCACACUGCUUUGUCUUGCUUGACCAAGG